AUGUGGGCUGCAAUUGAAAAUCCCGCCAGUUGUGAGGUGCGGUCUAUGAUACGGUUUUUGUUGGCAAAAAACCUAAAAUCUAUGGAAAUUUAUCGGCAAGUGAGUAAAGUGUACGGAAACAACAUAAUGAAUGAAAGUUCAAUUCGGAAAUGGUGCAUUCAGUUUAAAAAUGGCCGAACUAGCGUUCACGAUGAAGAGAAGAGUGGACGCCCUAGCAUUGUGACUGACGAACUGGUUGCUAAAGUUGAUGAAAAGAUUCGAGAAAACCGCCGUUUCACAAUAACAGACCACAAUAAAGGUCAGCGAACGGGGGAAGCUUUGACAUUUCUGGAGGCCUACGACAGACAUGGUGAUUCAUUACUGGAUCAAAUCGUAACUGGUGACGAAACGUGGGUGAGACACGUGAAUUGCGAGACAAAAUUAUAG